AUGUCUUCAAUAAUAGGCUCAUCAUCACAGUACCAUAUCAGAUCCAUCAGCUUGCCUUCUCAAUUCACCGAAGUGAAAUCACCAUGUUUGUCCCCUGAAACAGUUCCCUUGAAUGCAGAAGCUCUCCGAAAUGAACUUCUCCAUCUGGUUCACUCUGUUAACGAGCUUCUCCAAUCCUUAGGCAACCAACAAGACCUUCUACGCCAUUCGACUCUUGUCGAAAACACCCUCGAAGACUCUGUCAUUUUGUUGGACUUGUCUUCUCGAUCCCAUGAAUUGCUCAUGACAAUGAGACAGCAUGUCAUGGAUAUUCAAUCCGCGUUUCGAAGAAAGGGAAGAGGAUCAAACAGCUUGGAAAAUGCCAUUUAUGCUUAUAUUGGAUUUAGAAAGAAGGCAAGAAGAGAAAGUUUGAAAUGCUUAAAGGCAUUGGAGAAAAUGGAAAGGAAACUUAAUCAUGGGUUAUUAAUCUCAAAAGAAACACGGGUUUUGAGUGAAGUGACUUGCUUGGCCAUAUCUGUUUCUCAAAGACUGUUCUUGUUUUUGGCUGUUGGUUUGGAUUCGACAAGAGGGUGGUCAUUCUUUCUUUCGAAGAAGAAAGUCUACAAUCGAAGAAGUAAAAAUGGGGGAGAUUUGGUGAUGAAUGAGAUAGAAAACGUUGAUUUUGCUCUUGAUUGCUUUUGCCAUGGGAGAUUUGAAGAUGGUGAAGGAAAAUUGAUGAUGAGAUUAAAGUCACUUGAUGAUGGGAUUCAAGGCCUUGAGGAAGGCAUCAAUGGUUUCUUUAGAUGUUUGAUUAGGAGAAGAGUUUCUCUUUUGAAUAUUUUAACAACUCAUUGA